CCCCAUCUUUGCUGUUAUCGCAUUGUACGCCUACCGCUGCAUAUAUUUGACGUGAGAAUCUUGUAAUGCUUCAAUUGGUGUAGCUGACAAGACCGAACAUGACAUGUUGGCUGUGAAGCGGGUGGAGAAGAGUCCGAAGGGGUGCUGGACCUGUAAACGUCGGAAAAUUGGUUGUGAUAGAUCCCUUCCGGCAUGCUCUAAUUGCAUCCGAACCCAGAGAGCCUGCGAAGGUUAUGGCAUCAAACUGAGUUGGCCAGACGAAAACAGUGAUGGACGACGAGCAAACCCUAUCAAAGAUAGCUGUUCUUCCGAACACUUCUUUUCAUCCUUCCCUGCCGGUCAAAUUUAUUUCUUGAAUACAGCGGACGAGGACUUGACUCAAACAGUGAAGAAGCCUCCACCCAUCGCUAUUACUAGAUGGCAGUCUUCAGAUCCCAGCAGAAUUUCCUUUCAUCCGCCCACCAGCCUUCCGUUUGGUUACGAGAAUGUAACCAACAACCAAGAGUCCUUAGUACUUGCAUAUUUUACUGAUGUUCUCUCUCGAAUGGUCACCACCAUUGACGAUGCCAGGAACGGAUUCAGGACUAUUUUGCUUCCUAUGGCACUUUCGGAAACCAACCACGCAACAUCAGGACUACGGCAAGCGAUGUUUGCGAUAUCCGCGUACCAUCUAUGGGGUCAUGAUACUGCUGUCAAAUACAAGCUGUCAGCUAUAAGGCAUCUCUCGAAAUCUUUCCAAGAUGGCGAGGAUGCAAUUUUGCCGCAAUUUGCUACUAGCAUGAUGCUGUGUAUUGGCGAUGUAUUCGACUCAGUGGAUGGUAGUUGGACGAAGCAUCUCAAUGCAGCAAAAGCUAUUUGCGAACGGAUUCCCAGGCACGGAAAUCACGGCGAUGAUGUGUUCUUCCUCCAGACUUUACUUGAAUAUCAUGACGUGCUGAAAGGAUUCAGUACUGGACGCUAUCCGGACUUUGCUGUUCAGUCUACUGUUGCUGGUGGAACUUUGGCCAUGCCCAGAAUUGGGAAAGAAAGCACGACCAUAAUCGGUGCUCUUGGGUGUUCCCGAGAGCUCAUGAAUAUUAUAGCAUUGAUCACCCACCUUCACAGCCUUGUGCCACUCAAGCCGGAGUUGAUGACCUUGGCAACACUAAUUCAGGCUCGACUUGAAACCCUCACUCAAAGCCCGCUCUUCGUCCCUGAUACCAACGCCGGUAUCCAGGACACCACUCGCGUUAUGAGCACCGCUGAGCUCUACCGGCUCGCAUCUUUAAUUUAUCUUCAUACAACUGUUUUGCCGCUACCACGCUCGUCACCUCAACUCCAAUCUCUGGUUUCACAAUCUCUCGCUCUCUUAGAGACAUUUGCAGUGUGUACUUCUCCAUGGCCACUGUUUGUCACUGCUAUCGAAGUCAAUAAUGAUGUGGAUCGGGUACGCGUCUUAUGUGUGCUGGAAACUAUGCGAAGAAUAAGAAGAAUUGGCAAUGUUGAUGUAUUACAGAAAGUUGUGGAGGUAGUCUGGAAGCAAGUGGAUUUGAAGGCCGAUGAUAUUGGAAAUGGCAAUGAAGCAAGGUUGGAUUGGAGGGAGUUUUUCGACAUGCGAGACCGCUUGCCCAGCUUCAUUUGAACCAAAUACUCCCUGAAAUAACGAACCCGCGAGAGAUACACAUCGGCACAUGUAGGA